CUUUACGAUAGUAGGUACUUACUUAGAAACCUAAUAAUCUUUUGAAUUAAGUAUCAGAAUAAAAUUAUAAUUAUUAUUUAAAAAUCGCCAUGGAUAAAUAUGUGACAAGAGAAAGACGAUUGGAUGCAGAGUACCCCAAGGGAAAUCAGAUGAUUGCGUUUUCAGCAACUAGCGCAGGAAAUAAUAUUACUAUGUAUCCAGUGCAAAACCCAGGACAUCGUAUUGCUCCCAAUGUGCAACAUUAUUAUGGUGCUCCUAUAAAUACGCCGAUUGCAACAUAUGGGCAAAACGUUCAUAAUCAAGGACAAUUUGUUUCUGGAAUAGAUCCAAAUUAUCUUGCAGCGUAUAAUGACAAUAAUGGACGUUAUGUGGCAGCUGCACCGGGUAAGCAAAAUCCAUCAGAGAUGAGCUCAUAUCGAGGGAGUGCGUUUCACGAUUAUCAUAAUCGUUAUAUCGACGAUGAAAAGUUUGAAGCUUAUAAUCGGUCCCCCGCGGCAGUGCCGGCUGGAAUACAAAAUAAACAUAAACCAACAGAGACAAGUCCAUAUCCAGUGAAUGCGUAUAACGAUUACCAGAAUCGUUUUACCGACGAUGCAAAAUUCGAAGCUUAUAGUAGCCCAACCGGUACGGCUGGUAUGAAUGUUCCUGAAAUAUCAAAGAAAGUAAGUUAUGAGGACAUUAAUAUACGUGACAACAGGCCUCAAAAUACCAAUGCCAAGGUGAUGACUAAGCCAAAAGAUCAGCAUGAAAAGUUGAAUACAACAUCUAUUCUUAUUAAAUCUCGAUCUGAAAAACUUAAGGAACUUCAUAAGAGUGGGCCACGGGUAUUUUCUGGGCCGGUCGAAAAGGUUAUGAAGUGGCACAAGUCAUUACAAGAUAUAGGAAUUCUUGUACUCUAUGAAGUUGUUGCCAAAUGUGUAUCCGUAAGAAGCGGGGAGUCCUGUUCUAAAAACUUGGUUAUUAGAGAUGAUAACGGUCCAGCCAUGCAAGUGGUUUACUACGAAAUAGACUAUCUCAUGCCAGAACUGAAGCCACCGUGCACCGUUCGUGUAAUCGGACGUAUGCUAGCUGGUACCAAUAGAUUGCAUGCUUUCAACGUGCGAAUGGCGACUGGUGACGAUGUGGCUACGUUGCCGAGACGUGCUGCGGUUGGAGCUCAUCAUGUCGCAAAACUGUGUAAAGAAUACGGACCUGCUAAUGAAAAGGCCUAAUUUUAUUUUAUUAUUACAGCUUUUGUCCAAAUUUAUUCUGAUUUGUAACUCAAAUAAUAAAGAUGUGUUCAAUUGAAAA